AUGGACUAUAUAAAGAAACAAAUAUGGGGGCCAGAUCCUAAAGAACAGAUCAAUCAAUUACUUAGGAAGAACAAAAGAGAGCUAGAUAGAUCAAUCACUCAAUUACAACCAUUGAAGAAAAAAACAGAAGGAUUGAUUAGAAAAUCAGCAAAAGAAAAAGAUUACAAAUCAGCAAAAUUAUAUGCAAAGGAGUUGAUAAAUAUCAAUAGACAAUAUAAUAAGUUAUAUACAUCAAGAACAAGAAUAGAUAGCAUCACAAUGUCAAUCAAUGAACAAUAUUCUAUGAAUAAAUUAACAAAAUCCAUCCACGCAUCUACUUCAAUAAUGAAAGAUGUCAAUCAAUUAAUACACAUAGGAGCUGUUUCUCAAACAAUGCAAGAAUUAUCUAAAGAAUUAACUAAAGCUGGUGUCAUAAAUGAAAUGAUGGAUGAUAUGGUUGACUUAGAAAUAGAAGACGAAGAUUUAGAGCUGGAAUCUGCUGAACAAGUAGAUAAAAUAAUACAGAGUUUGACGGAAGAGAAAUUAAAUAAAAUUGAAAAUGAAGUACCAGUUACGAGUCACUUUGAAGAGCCUGAAGAAGAGGCACAACACGAAGAGAAUGAGGAGUUAAACGAGGAAGACGAACUCGCUAUUGAUGAAAUAAAACAAAGAUUAAGAGCGCUUCAGUCUUAG